AUAUAAUCAAAUAUGAGCUUCUAGAUAAUUCUGGUUGAAUAUAAGUAGGAAAAUAUUUAAUACCUAUGUUUAUAAGUGAAAAAGAAUUUGUGAUAGCCUUUAUUAAUUUAUUUGAAAAAUAUUAUGUGUGAUCACAGAAAAAGACAACUCACUUAAGAUGAUUUGGAUAACUCAAAUAUCAUGCCUAGAGCACCUCUAGUAAAACCAUUGAAAGCUUCUUCCAUCUUAAUACCUGAACUAUCAUUAACAUAUGAAGGUCCAAACUACUUUAAAAAAAUUUCAUUGGCAAUACCAUCUGAAGAUGAAAAACUAGAAGGGUUUUAGUUAGCUGUCGUUGGCAAACACAUCAAAAAGAGAUAAAGAUUUUAAACAGAAGCUGCUAGCCACACAGUAAUUAAUAUGAUGGAAAGACAAUUACUAAGAAGAAAUUCUUCAAAAAUGCAAAUAGAAAACGAUUUAUUUUGA